AUGGCAAAUAGUUCGAUGGCUUCAUUUCAAGUUUCUUUGCUGACCAAAGAUAAUUAUCACAAUUGGAGUGUUAGAAUGAAGACCUUGAUUGGCUGCUAUGAUGCUUGGGAGGUCGUAGAGAGAGGAAUUGGUGAACAUGGAGAUGAAGCAAAUUUGACUAAUGCCCAGAGAGAAGCAUUGAAGGAAUCAAGGAAGAAAGACAAGAAGGUGCUCACCCGCAUCCAUCAAGCCUUGGAUGACAGCACAUUUGAGAAGAAUUUUUAUAGAGGAGUUGAUAAAGUAAAGAAGGUGCGACUCCAAACCCUUAGAGGAGAGUUUGAAAGUCUACAUCAAAAGGAAUCAGAAUCGAUUUUAGACUAUAUGUCAAGAGUUCAAGCCAAUGUCAACCAAUUGAGAAGAGAUGGAGAAGAAGUUAGUGACACUCGUUUAGUUGAGAAAAUUCUUCGCUCAUUAGAUUCAAAGUUUGAGCAUAUUGUUGUUGCUAUUGAAGAGUCCAAGGACCUGGACACUAUGACGGUUGAUCAACUUUCUGGAUCAUUGAAAACUUAUGAAGAAAGAUUGAAGAAGAAAACUCAAGAACUAGUUGUGGAGAAAGUUUUACAAAUGAAGCUCACUUUAAAUGUUGAAGGAAGCUCAAGAAGUGGAACAAGUCGUGGUCGUGGAAGAGGAAGAAGUGGUAGAGGAAUAAGAGGUGGAAGAGGAGGAAGAAGUGGCAGAGGCUAUGGGCAUAAAGCAUUUGAAUGCAGAGGUGGUGGUGGUGGAAAUGUUCGAGGGAAGUCCAAUUAUGCAGAAGCAGACAAAGAAGCCACUUUGUUGUUAGCCUACAAAUGUGAAGAAAAAACUAGACAAAAUGGAGAGUUAUGGUAUUUGGAUAUUGGAGUAAGCAACCAUAUGUGCGGAAAUAAAGAUUUAUUCGUUUACCUUGAUGAAAAGUUAGGUGGCAAGAUCACUUUUGGAGAUGAUUCGAAGAUUUCAGUUCAAGGCAAAGAUAAGAAUAGUUCUAAGCUAGAUGACAAGAGUGAGAAAUUCAUUUUUGUUGGCUAUGAUGCUUCCUCCAAAGGGUACAAUCUUUAUAAUCCAGAGAAGGAGAAAAUUACUAUUAGCAGGGAUGUUUAUUUUGAUAAAUAA